UGAAAGUUGCCAUUUGCUUUCAUUUCUUUCCAUGCACGACGUCUUCUUUCCUCUUUCUGAAUGCGCGCUAAAAGAGCAAUACAAAACAACUCGAUCAACUCUACAUUUGAUUAGUUUUGAUUUUGUCGUGCUAGUUUUGAUUUUUUGAAAUUUUCAAGUUUAUUUCCUGAUUCCAGGUCGUCGGCUGCUUACAGUUAAUCCGUGUUCAGUCGUUGAAAUUUUUAGAUAAUUUCCACAUCAAAGUUUGCGUUUCUACGUUGACAUUUCACCUGAACAGAUACUACUAUCGACUACAGGAAUCAUCUUACAACGUCUAACCCCUUACCAAAGUUAAAUUAGUUUUCCAACGUUUUCUACAAUUCCAAAGUUUUUUUAAAUAUUUUACAGGAUUCAGGAUUUCCAUUCUGAAGUUGACCAGCAAGUAGUUGUCGAUCCUUAUUGCACUUUGAUCCCCACAUAGAUGUGAACAAAUUGACCCGCAGCCGGGAUUUUCUCGUGAUUAUUCCAUGGAAAUUGAUUUGGCAUUCAAUGAAGUGAUGUCGAGUUUGGAUCGUGGAUCGAGUCAUUCGGUCGGCUGGAGAAGAUCUCGGUUCUCUCGGAUGACUCGUCGCAACAACUCACACAUCUCGCCCAGGAGCAACUCGCUACUUCACGCCCGCCAUUUGGGAAUCCAGCGAAGAAAACCUUCACUGCUCAACCGCAUUUUCCACGGGCGUACCCUUCAAAACCAAAUGAGAUCCUUGUCGACUCACCAUUUGACAUCGGAAUCCAGUGCUCCAGUCAAUCUCGAAACUGGCCAGCGUUCCGGCGAUCAGUCACUUCAUCUUUUGAUGGAGCGUCUAGAGUCGCAUUUCGGACUUCAGCGUCAGACAAUGGGCAUAUUGGCCCAGCUGAACGAAGCCGCUGUAGCCAACGGCAUUGGCACAACUACCGAUAGUUUCACGGCCGCUGGAGAAAGUUUGAUCAACGGCGGUGGUGCGUCCACGGCCAGUUUUAGUGAUAGCAGCGUAUCAUCCCGUGGCGGGCCGUGGGCCUCUAAUGUCCUGCACAGCAUCCGCCAUUGGCGAGCCAGAAGAGAUGCCUUUGAAAGAGCUCGUUCUUUUGAGUCAAGAUUAUCCUCGGGCGGAUGGAUAGUAGCCUAAACAUUGGAUUUCCGCGAUGUUAUCGCCCAUUUCGCCUUGUAGAAGAUGAAGACAAUUCCGAUACAGACACUGAUGUGACGGCCGAGUCCGCCGCAACGGCAGCGAAUCUUGGCGACAGUCGAGUCCCAUUCGUUCACCCCGAUGCGUUGAGCAGCGAACGAGGCUUUUGUGGAGAGAGUAUUUGUCUCAGGUAGUUAAUGUGCAGCUAAACAAUAUGGGUGACGACGGCGGAAGCAGCAACGCUCCCAGCUCUCAACAGCCAGGAGCGCCGGAUAGCGGAGGCGAUAACAACGACCAAAAACGAACUCCAUUGUCGUCUCUGGCUUUCGACCAUGGUGGAAAGUAUCACCAGUUUCUUUUCCCAACACGGAAUCAAUUCAUCUGAUUCGGUCGAUGCGAUUCCUGCACCUACUCCGCAACCACCAACAGCAACGACGACGAA